GCUGAGGACAAAGCUAGUCCACCAAAGAUAAAGGAAAGCCAGUUUCAAGCUUGUCCCACAGCAGGUGCCCCGAUGGGAGAUCAGCGUGGGGAAGUCUCUAGAGGACAAAAGGUCUCUUUAGAGUGUCCAAAAGGUCCUCUAGGGUCCUCUUCAAUGGUUAAACCCCCUGAUAUCUUCUCAUAGAGAGUAUGUCUCCCCUGUGCCCAUGUGCUCCACCCUGUAACAUGAUUAGAAGGGAGGCCCCUCAGAUGGCAUUACUGUUGCCAGGCAACACCUCCACCUUAAGGCAGACAGGAAGGGCAUAAACCAGCAUCAACUGUAAGACACAUGUUCCUGGGAAGGGCCCUAGAAGACAUAACUGCCACAGGUUUUAUUGCCGGAAGACACAUCCACUAAACAAAAUCCAGUGGAGGCAGAAAGUGGCAUUUGGGGCCUCAUAGCUCUGGUGGCUGAAGAACAACUCAGCUUACCUUAAAGAGAAAGGGCAUCUUUAUUGACUGGUCUGAUUGCAAAAAACAGAAGCAACGGUUUCAUCCACAUCUGGGUGCAGGAACACUGCAGCUAUGGCCAUGGAACUUUUCCGAGUCUGUCUGCUUAUGGUGACGGCCAUCAUCAACCACCCAUUGCUGUUCCCGAGGGAGAAUGCCACGGUUCCCGAGAACGAGGAGGAGAUCAUCCGCAAGAUGCAGGAGCACCAGGAAAAGCUGCAGAUGGAGCAGCUGCGCCUGGAGGAGGAGUUGUCACGUCUGGAGGCCGAGAAGGAGGCUCUGCAGCAGGUGGAAGAGGAGGAGGAACAGCAGCAGCCAGAGGCCCGCACCACCUUGGACCUCUGGAGCAUUCUCUGCAUGAUCCUCUUCCUGAUCAUCGAGGUGUGGCGGCAGGACCACCAGGAGGGGACCUUUCUGGAGUGCCAGGGUGGAGAUGAGGAUGAUCUGUCUGGACUAGGGUACACCCCGAUGCGGGGCCUUCCCCUUCCCAACAGGGCCACCCUGGACCACUUCUACGAGCACUGUAUCCGAAGCGCCACAGGGGAUGCCACCCGCACCAGGGAGUUUGUGGAAGGUUUCGUGGAUGAUCUGCUGGAAGCUCUGAGGAGUACCUGCAACCGGAACACUGACAUGGGGGUGGAGGACUUCAUUGGCGUGGGUAGCAUGUAUGAAAACUGUCAAGUGAAGAGGCCACUCCUGUGCCACCUGUUUGUACCCUUCAUACCCCCAGAGCCCUACAGCUUCCACCCAGAGGUCUGGUGCUCCAGCUUGCCAGUGCCCCUGGAGCGUCAGGGCUAUGGCCAGAUCAAGGUGACCCUGGCUGACGGGGACCCUCUAGGCUGUAUCUGUGGCAAGACCGAGCUUGAGGAAGAGAUGCUGUGUCUCCUCCAUGUAAAGAAUAGAGGGGCGUGGCCCAGCAGUGCUAAGAACAGUGAGGCGGAAGACUUGUGUCCCAGAGAGUCCUCCUAUCUAGAUGCCAUACAAAUCAUGAAGUGGUUCCAGAUGGCCCUCACCAGAGCUUGGCACCGCAUCGCCCACAAAUAUGAGUUUGACCUUGCCUUUGCCGAGCUGGACACCCCAGGGUCUCUCAAAAUCAGGUUCCGCUCAGGGAAGUUCAUGCCCUUCAUCUUGACUCCCGUGAUCCAGUAUAAUGACUCAGACCUGUAUUUCAUCUCACAAUUUUCCAAGGAGCCCCGCAGGGGAGCCCUAGCCUCCAGCACUGACUGGCUCCCGUCCUUCGCUGUCUAUGAGCGACAGUUCCUCCGGAUGGUAGCUAGGACUUUGCCAGAGGGUGCCUGCCACCUCAGCUGUUUGCAGAUCGCCUCCUUCUUGCUCUCCAAGCAGACCUGUCUGACAGGCCCCAGUGGGCUGAGUGACUACCACCUAAAAACUGCCCUGCUGCACCUCCUGCUGUCCCAGCAGGCCACUGACUGGAAGGCCAGCCAGCUGGACGUGUGCCUGCAGGAGCUCUUCAGCUUCCUGGAGAGGAGCCUGCUGGAGAAGAAGCUCCAUCACUUCUUCGUGGGCAACCACAAGGUGCCUGAGGCUCUGAAUCUCCCAGAGGUUGUGCGCAGAGCGGAGCCUGUCAACCUCUUCAGACCCUUUGUCCUGCAGCGGACUCUUUACCGGAACACAGUGGACUCCUUCUACGAAAUGCUUAAGAACGCCCCAACGCUCAUUAGUGAGUAUUCCCUCCAUGUCCCUUCGGACCGUGCCAGCCCGCCACCAAAAGCUGUCGCCUCAUAGAGUAUAAGAUUUGGGGGAAGAGGAGGGAAGAGAGCAUCCAGUGUGUCUACCUUAGUGGGCUCUGGUGACCUCACACGGGAAACACAGUAGGCCUAGAGGGAGCUGAGGCUCAGCUCCCCAGGAAGCCAGGUCCUACAGAGUGGAGAAAAGAAAAGUUACAACUAGACACUGGUUUGCCUUUCUGCCACGGGGGCUUGUGGGUAAAACCACUGGGUCUGGGCACCAAUCGUUCAUAGCUUCGUUUUUAGAUCACUAUGAAUGACUAAGACAGUGACGGAACGGUCUCUAGGUACUGAGUCAGAGAGAAUGCAAGCACUGAUUCGGAUGCCAUCCUUUCUGAAUCCCAGUCCACUCUGUGUGCGGAUCAAAGAGGAUCUGCAGGGAUGUUGCUGGGGUUCGGACUGAGACCCAGCACUCCACCCCAGGAACUCCAGGCCCCAGCCAUCUGCAGCUGAAUCAUGAAUGGGGACAGAUGUGGGAAUUCACAGCCUUCGAACCACAUCACGGGCAGUAAUAGAGGUCCCACAGUGACUGACUUGGCUAAAAGGACCUGGCCGAAGUCCGGGAGCCUGGUGGCUAAUGUCUCUGUUACAGAGAAAUGGGGCCUUGGUGGUGGAGUGUCUGAAGCUGGCCAGUUUCUCAGGCACACAUCUUACUCAGGUGCAUACCCCUCUCCCUGUCCCUUUACUCUUGUAUCAGGUCCCAAUCACCAUGGGUGCCAUUUACCACACUGGGGGCUGGUUUGGAAGCCCUCUCCUCUCCAUUGCUGAUCUUACCAGCCAGCAGUAUGGUAGAAGGGCACAGGUACUUGGCCCUUCAUGCCUGGCUUACACGUUGGCCCACUUUAAGGAAAGUUAAAGCGUCCUGGGGCCAGGCUUAUAUCUCUAACCCACCCUCAGGGUCCUGGUCAUAGGGAAGGGCAGGCUUGUAAGCCACAGGUGCUGUGAAAACCCAGCUCUGGUCCACAGAACCAGAGCAUCUCCUAGUUCCUAACCAAGAGGGCCUCACCCACUGCAUGUCUCCAGUCUUUUCUUUCACAGGCCAGGCAUCACCUCGUAUGUAGAUGACCCAGACUUAAAGAACACAGUGGAGGCUGGGCUCACUGGGGAUCUAUGUGAGUAGUUCAGGCGUAGCCUGCUUACCCAAAGGAGUACUGGGGGCCCCAGACAAGUACCAGAGCUUGAGGCUGGACUCCUGUCCAGGCCUGUUUCCCAGCAGCUUCUUUUCCACUUGACCUUGACCGGCUGUUUGGGACUCCUACUCCGAAUCUCCUUGGUAAUUUACAGUGGACCAAAGAAGAAACAUGGGUGAAGAAAGAGGUGGUGCCUGCUAGCCCUCCAGAAGUACAGGCAUCAAAAAACGGGCUUCCCAUCACCCCACACGUGCCUCCUGUGCUCUCAAAGAUCUCCAGAAGAUGGACCAUUUUGCCACCAAGGUUAAUUGGUGAUGGAGAGGGUACUUGAGUGCCAGCGGGGGUUAAACUGAACACGCCCGCUCCUGCCCCUCCGCAGCCUCAGAGUGACAACCUAGGACCCAGCCACAGAACCUACUCAACGUGCAGCUCUGUCAGCAGCCCUGAGCCGCCUCCCCCCAGAGGUGCCUUCCAGGGUGGAGGCAGAUGUCCUUAUUGUCAUCUGUGCCUCUUCCUGUUCAUUCAUAUCUGGCUGUGCUUCAAAGAGGGCCCAGCAAGCAAGAACCGGCCUCCAGACACCAAGACCCUCCCUGACCUUCCACUUCCCCUUCUCUUCCAGGAGAAGGUCGUGGGAAGGUCGUGGGAAGGUCACUGGAAGAACAGCCCUGGCUUCUCUACUGCUGAGCACCGGGCAGGACAGGAGGCUGCCCCACACCAGGGCUGCUAUGGAAGCAGCAGGGCUCUUAGGGUUUCAUGGUACCUUAUUUAUGUUAAAAGAAGAAUUAAAUUCUUGUAAGGAG